AUUCAUGCAGUCAAGUUCUUGCUGUUGAGUAGAAAAGACCUUUGCAGCUUAUUCAGUCAGUUUCUAAUAAGAUUUUGUAACUUAAACAUGUCAAGAAAGAUCAUUGUAUACGGUGGCAAGGGAGCUUUAGGCUCGAUCUGUGUUAAUUACUUCAAGUCAAAGAAUUUCUGGGUCGGUUCCAUAGAUUUAACUGAGAAUCCUGAAGCCGAUGCAAAUAUUCUUGUUAACCGAGAUGCUGACUUUGUGCAACAGGAAACUCAAGUUAUUGACGAGAUUCGAGGACUCUUGAAUAAUGAGAAAAUUGAAGCUGUUGUGUGUGUGGCUGGUGGCUGGGCAGGCGGAAAUGCUAGCAAAGAUUUGGCAAAAAAUACUGACAUGAUGAUUAAGCAGUCUGUAUGGAGUUCAGUCAUUUCUGCGUCAGUAGCUUCACAAUUCCUUAAAGAGGGUGGGAUUUUGACAUUGACAGGUGCCAAACCUGCAUUAACUGGCACACCAGGAAUGAUUGGAUAUGGAAUGGCUAAAGCAGCUGUUCAUCAACUUACAAAAUCACUCGCAACAAGUGGAUCUGGAUUGCCUGAUAAUUCAUUCGUAGCUUCAAUCUUGCCAAUCACUUUAGACACUCCAAUGAACCGCAAAUGGAUGCCAAAAGCAGAUCAUACAACGUGGACACCACUCGAAUUUGUUGCUGAUUUAUUCCACAAGUGGAUUAUUGCACCAGAAAAUCGACCAGCAAACGGCUCAUUACUUCAACUUGUUACAAAAGACUCGAAAACUGAACUAGUUGCUGCUGAAUAAACUUUUUGUUGUUAAGAAUUUUACUGAAUUUCUCUCUCAGUAUGCAUGCAUGGACCAUUAAUCAUGAACAAUAAUCAUUCCUUAAUUAAUUGUUGUUUAUAAUUGUGCUU